AACCGAAGACCGACCCUGGUGCUGCUUUAAGUGCCAAUUGUUUCAGUUUGCCAACUGACUUGAAGCUGACAACAUCGCCGAAAGAAUUGUAUUUUUCGAUUAAACGUUUGCUCUGCUCGAUGAUGUGCUUGCUCGUCGUAAAAAUGAAGUGGCAACAAUUGUUAUUGCCGCUGCAACUACUGGUGUUGCACGCGUUUCACAUCGGCCAUGUGCGGUGUCAGCUGCAGUGUAACGCAGCGUCGAGCAGUCGACAAAAGCGCAUUGUCAUCCAUAAUCCGGCAGCGAGACAGCUGAGCGAACUGGACAGUUGCCAGUACGAGGUGGCCCCGUGGAGCCCCCAAGUCUGUCAAGUGCGCAUCGAUUUCGAGCGUUUGGAGCUGCCACAGCCGCACCUCAAUGCUAGCAGCCAGCGAAUGGAGUGCAUCGAUUUUAUGCAGGUGCAGCGCUUUCAGUUAUGCGGCCGCAACAACGGACAGCAUUUGUACGUGCAACUGCUGCGCGGCCAAACCCUCAAAUUGCACUUCAAACUCGGCAGCCGCUCAACGCAGUCCACGUGGCAGUUGACGAUAAUGCAACUCGAGUGUCCCGAACAUGUGCUGUCCAGGGCCAAAAACCAGCAAACGCAGCAGCUGCCGCAAGUGCUGCCAACAGCCAACCGACCCAUGUUGCCAUUUCUCAACAAUCUGUUGCCACGCACCAUUUUCAUGGGCGGCAACUCUAGACCGGGUCUGCUGCACACCCUGAUGCCAAAUCCGCUAGCUGAUCUGCCGCUCUUGGCGCCCAUGGGCUGUGAUCAGUAUUUUAGGGGAUCGACGGGUGGCAUUGUCAGCUUCAAUUUUGCUGGCGGUGCUUAUAUGCCAAAUAUGAAGUAUGUCAUUUGUGUGGCAGGCGGUGCAAAUCAGCAGAUUACCUACAGCAUUGAGCACUUUGCCUUGUCGAAAUCCAGUGGUGCGCCUGGGGCUGGCUAUGAUUCGGACUGUCACAGCACAGUCAGUACUUGGGGACGUGCCUCGGACUAUUUGCUAAUACCCAACUCAUAUGUGGCUAACAAUCAGGCCAUACAGGCCACUUAUUACUGUGGCACCGGGCUGGCCGGCACUAAGAUCAUCGCCCGUCCGCCCUUUGUGCUGCACUUCUCCAGCGAUGGACAGACGAGCGCCACCGAAACUGGAUUCCAAUUGACCUACACAGUCCAGCAGUCACAGGCCCUGCUGUAAAUGUCAGCCUAUUAUUAUU